AUGAAUGACUAAAACCGAUUUUGUUUCUGCGCACUCUUUGUAUGCAAAAAAAAUUCAUGAAAAACGCCUCCAAAAUCGCAGUCAAAGGUGAUAUCCUGCCUUAAUUAAAGCAUCAUCGGAAUCGGUACUUGAGUUGGGCCUGCAUUUAAAUAAAAAAUUAAUAACGAAUUAAAAAGAUACAACGGAAUAAUUAUAAUAUUUCAGACGCUAUGAUGUAUGUUUAUAACCAUAUCGCUCUAUUUUCAGGCAAAAACUUUCAGUUUUAAUAUAUAAAUAACCUGCAGUAUUAUCAGUAUUUAAACAAUUACUCUAUUAUUUAUUUGUAUUAUAAUUCGUCGGAUGUUAAUAAGCACAUUACUGACUUAUUUUAUCACAAUAUUCAUUCGUACAAAUCAAAAUAUCGGUAAUAUCAAUACUUAAAAUCCACAUUUAUGUUUGUUAUAUGUAUAUUAUCUUCUAUAAUGAUAUAAAAUUAAGUUUCCUCUACCUUGAAUGUUGGUGCGUUAAUCACUUAAUGUUUAUGCAUAAUUGUAUUACACAAUACCCAAAUGUUAAACUUAUUUCGGAAAGCAUUAAUAAUUAUUAAUACAUCAAAUACAAUUGUGUAUGUAAGUAUAUUAAGGCGGGUUCAGACAUGUGUCGUAUCACCGUAUCGUAUCGUGAUCGUGUAUCAUAUAUGAACAGCUAAGUGUAGACGGUGCGCCGUAUCCGUAUCUCGUAUCGUAUUUACGUAUCAUCUUGAUACGCAGAUACGAUACAAGUAUAAUCCACUUGGAGUCGGUAUUUUACCGAAACAUCAAAGAAAUGAUACGUGAUACGGAUACUGUCAGUGUAGACGCGUUUCCGAUCCUGACCACUCCAUCUGACAAGGCAGCAUCGCUAUUCAGUCGUGUUGCUUCGUGUCUGGCGGUUGCUUGAUGUCAGAAUGGAGUGGUCGCAAGACAAAGUAAUUGAUUUAAUAAAUGUAUAUAAAGAAAAAUCUAUUCUUUGGAGUGCAACAAAUCCGCAUCAUUUUAAUCGCUUAAAAAAAAAAGAUGCAUGGGAGGAAAUCGCGCGUGACACUGGAAUAUCGGUCGAGCAUUGCAAAAAGAAGAUGGAAUAUCUUCUUUCUGCUUUAAGAAGAGAAAAAUCAAAAAUGAAAAAGAGCAUGGGUACGGGGAAAGGUAAGUACUUGAUAAAUAUGUUUCGGUCCUAUGCGUUUGGAACUUUAUCAGUAGUUUUAUUCGGAGAACCAAAUUUUUUUAAUUUUAUUUUUAUUUUUUCUCAGAUGGAAAAUGAUACAAUCAAUUGUGAAGAGACUGAACAAGAAAAUGAAGAAGCCGUUGAUUCUGGCCUGAAUGUUCAGGAAAAUACCAAACCAACAUCAGCUCUUAGCCAAACACCACCACCUUCUGUGAUUCCACGCAAAAGGAAGGCUACAAUGGAAGAUAGACGUCUUGAUAAAGCAUUUCAAAUUCUUGAAACAAGCAGUCAAGUUAUGCAAGAUGAUUGCCAGCACUUUGGAAACUUGAUUGCGGCAAAAUUAAGAAAAUUAAGUGAAGAUGAGAGAACAUAUCUGGAAAGCGAUAUUAUGGGGCUGUUUGUAAAGGCAAGCAGAGGGUUUUAUAAUCUUCCAUCUACGUGCAAUUAUUUUCUGCGACAACAUAUGCAGCCAGCCACACACCAGACAAGUCAUUUUGAACCUGAAACAAGUCGUCUGUCCUCUCAGCACAGUCCUUAUACUACUACAUCUUUUGAGCCUGUACUUAAAUGAUGUCAGUAAUCCUUCUCCAGCCAGUGCCAUGUCAUCAGAAGAUAGCUUUGACAUUACCGACCUGCUAUAAAUACUUAUCUAUACAGGGUGUUGGAUUCGAUUUGGACGACUCCAAAGAUUAUAGUAGAUUGGGUC